UGCUGCUCACCCGGAUGGUUUUUGCCAACGUACACAGGAGGCAUGUGGGUGUGUUGUGGUGUUUGACAGCUGACGUUGUGUAUUAGAUAUUUAAAACCGCUCAGCUGUUAUUGGAAAAAAAAUGUCUGGCGGCAAACCCAACACAGAACAAGAAAUGGAAGUGAUUCUGGGAUUUGUGGAGGAGGCGGAAGCGUGGGAGCUUCGCAGUCCACAGUUCCCCAGCAAAGUCGGGGGGAAGCCAGCAUGGCUCGGCUAUAGAGAUGUCCCCUCUCUGCCUGGGCUGGAGUGUGAUAUAUGCCAACUGCCAAUGGUCUUUCUUCUGCAGGUGUAUGCCCCGAUUUCUGGGCAGGAAAGAAGCUUCCAUAGAGCACUGUUUUUAUUCUGCUGCAAAACUCCUGAAUGCUACUCACGCAAUGACGGCAGCUGUAUGAAAGUAUUCAGAAGCCAGCUCCCAAGGGUGAAUGACUUCUAUCCAUUUGACCCUCCGCCAGACAAUGGAGAGUCUAGCGGUUCUGACAAUGACCAAGUGGUGUUACCCGUUACUGGGGUGAAGCUAUGCUGGGUGUGUGGUUGCCCUGGCAACAAAGCCUGCUCCCGUUGUCACAACAUAACCUACUGUAGCAAGCAUCACCAGACACUCCACUGGAAACACUCGCACAAGAAGGCCUGUGGCAGCCAGGAGGCAUCCAAUGACGCGGCAUCGCUAAUCCUAUUUCCUGAAUUUGAGCUGGCCACUGAGCCGGAAGAAAGGGAUGUGGAGCAGGAAGAGGACGAGGUGGAGGAAGAGGUGGAGGAAGAGGAGAACGCAGAGGUGGAGGGGGCACUGAAGACUGAAAGUGGGGCACCUUUGGCAGACGCGCUGGCAGAGGUAGACCUUGAGCAGAUGGCCACGCACGAGACCCAAGACAGCAAGGUGUUCCAGCGGUUUAGAAGGAGGACCGCAGCAGAACCAGACCAGGUGCUGCGGUACAGUAGAGCAGGAUGUCCCUUAUGGGUCUCCUCCCAGCAUGUCCCGUCCGACCAUGAUAUCCCAUCAUGCACCUGUGGUGCCAAGAGGUCCUUUGAGUUCCAGGUGAUGCCACAGCUGCUAAACAGUCUGCGAGUGGAUUCUACUGGCGCCAGUAUCGACUGGGGCACGCUAGCUGUGUACAGUUGCUCUGUCAGCUGUAAUACUGAAGGAUACUGCAGAGAGUUCCUUUGGAAGCAGGACUUCAGCUCAGAGCAGCAGCUUUAGACCGAUGGAAGAUGUACCUGCGCUUCAAAGUUGAAUCAGAAUAACCGGACACCGAUCAUAUGGAGGCUGUGUGAACCCUCAUUUUGAUUCUGGACUGGAGAACCAAAAUAGCAUUGUUUACAUAUACAGACACAACCGAACAGGCACCGUCUAUGAUUGGUAAUGAAGAUUUAAGACUUGUGAGCAAGGCAUAUCAGAGAAUGGCUAAAUAGUCUACCGGUAGUUUUGGAUUCUGAACAUGCUUUUCUUGAAGUUAGUAUGGUUACUUUCAACAUCAACAUAUUUUAUCGGCUUUCGUUCUUUAAAAUAUAUGGGCUAGCUCUUAAAAGUUGCAUACAACCAUACUAUUCUAGAUAGCCAACCACAGAGAAAACCUCAAGGUUCAGUAUUUUCUGAUCUCCUGGCAUGUGAUGUAGAUGCCAGUAACAAGUUUUCUGGGUCUGGCUAAAUAGCAAGCAAAAUAAACCUUUCCUCCACUAUGAUCCAGAUGGACAUUAAUCAAUUGAAACAUUUUCCAAAAUAAAGUUAUUGGUUGCUAUGAUCCAC